GAGGACAUGGCCGCUCACGUGGGAGCAUCCCGAACGCCUCAGGAGGUGAUGGAACACUACGUGAGCAUGUAUAUCCACGGCAACCUGGGGAAGGCCUGCAUCCCUGACACUAUUCCCAACAGGGUAACGGAUCACACGUGUCCCAGCGGUGGCCCGCUUUCUCCUAGCUUGACCACGCCGCUCCCGCCGCUGGACAUAUCGGUGGCGGAACAGCAGCAGCUGGGAUACAUGCCUCUCCGGGAUGACUACGAGAUUGAAUACGAUCAGGACGCGGAGACUCUGAUCAGCGGCCUUUCGGUGAACUACGACGACGACGACGUGGAAAUAGAAUUGAAGAGAGCUCACGUAGACAUGUACGUGAGGAAGCUCAAGGAGAGGCAGCGGCGGAAGAACAUUGCGCGAGACUAUAACCUGGUGCCAGCCUUCCUGGGGAAGGACAGAAAGGAGAAGGAGAAAGCGCCCAAGCGAAAGAUCACGAAAGAAGAGAAGGAGCUGAGGCUGAAACUGAGGCCUCUGUACCAGUUCAUGUCUUGUAAGGAGUUUGAGGACUUCUUUGAGAACAUGCACAAGGAGAGGAUACUCCGAGCCAAGAUUCGGGAGCUGCAGCGGUACCGUCGAAACGGAAUCACCAAAAUGGAAGAGUCGGCGGAAUACGAGGCAGCCAGGCAUAAACGGGAAAAGAGGAAGGAGAACAAAAACCUCGCUAGUUCCAAGCGAGGGAAGGAGGACGGUAAAGAAGGUGAAUUUGCUGCUAUUGAAAACCUGCCUGGCUUUGAACUCUUGUCGGACAGGGAAAAGGUGCUCUGCAGCUCUCUGAAUCUGAGUCCUGCGCGUUACGUGACUGUAAAAACUAUCAUCAUUAAAGACCAUCUCCAAAAAAGACAAGGAAUUCCUUCAAAGAGUCGCCUUCCCAGUUACUUAGAUAAGGUACUGAAGAAAAGGAUUUUAAACUUUCUAACGGAAAGCGGUUGGAUAUCCAGGGAUGCGUCAUGA